AUGUCUAAACCAUCUUAUCCACAUAAUCCAAAUCCAACUCCAGCAUAUUUACCAACAAAAGGUUCAAUCUUAGAUAUUAAUAAAGAUUUUUAUGAUUCAAUUUCAAAUACAAAAUCUCGUAAAUUAACUUAUAAUGAGAUUGUACCAAUUAGAUCAGGUAAAGCAUGGAAAGUUAAAGCAGGUUCAAUAGUUCGUAUAACAACACCAGAAGGUCCACAAGUUUGUGAUUUUAAUGUUUGGAAUGCUGAUAAUUUUAGAGAAAGAUUAUGGGCUUCAAGAACAAGACAAUUACAAAAAGCUCAUGUUGGGAAAUAUGAUAGAUUAUGGUCAAAUUUACCUUAUUUAAGACCUUUAUUAACUAUAACUGGUGAUUCUAUUAGAGAUCGUUUAAAAAUUGAUAAAAUUCAUGAUUUAUUAGGUACAAGAUGUGAUCCAUAUGUUGAUACUAUGUUAAGUGGUGAAGAUAAUGAUUAUCAUUGUCAUUCUAAUUUAUAUCGUUCCAUUAUACCAUUUGGUGGCCAAGAAUAUGAUGUUCAUGAUGUUUUAAAUAUUUUCCAAGUUACUGGAUUAGAUAAAGAUGGUAAAUAUUUUAUGGAAACUUGUCCUGCAGAAAAAGGUGAUUAUUUUGAAUUCUUUGCUGAAGUGGAUUUACUUUGUGCUAUUAGUACUUGUCCUGGUGGUGAUUUAAGUGCUUGGGAUUGGGGUGAAGGUGAUGAAGAAACUAAAGUUGAUAUGGUUGAUACUUGUAGACCUUUAGGUAUUGAAGUUUAUGAAAUUACUGAUGAUUCUAUUUUAAAGGAUUGGAAAUCUCCUGAAUAUAAAAGAUAUCAAGGUAAUCAUGGGUUCCAAUUCCCAAAAUUCCAACGUUCAUAA